AUGAAUGAGACGCCAAAGCCAAAGCAAGCAGCGUGCCUGGUUUGCCGUCGCAGCAAGAUCAAAUGCGACGGGGCUUCCCCCAGUGGACGCUGCAAGAGAUGUGUCCAACUGGGAACAGAAUGUAUUCGUCCUGAUUUCCACGCUGGUCGCCAAAAGGGCAUCAAAAACAAGAGAGUCGGCCUUGAAAAGGCAUUGUUCCAAGUCGAACAGGCAGUCAAACGAGCAAGAAUUGGGCAGCAGCAAAGUCCUGAGGAUGACAAAGUCUUGACGCAAAUGAGGGCCCUCAUGGGCCAUCUCGAUGGCAAUGAGUGGUCGCCCAGCCAAGCGUCCAACCAUCAAGCGAGUGGAGAAGCUGAGGAUUCAUCUAGCGAAUAUGAAGAGGACAUGGCCGACCAGACUUCCAUAUCCGAGGACAUUGUCCAGCGGACAGAGGAGACUCUGGCUGUGGACGAUGCUGAAAAUCCUCUGCAACUGCUGGCUCGCGCAUCCUACUUUCAACCUUCUCGAGAGGUUCGGAGUCGCAGCUCACCACAGCAAUCGCGAAGGAAAGGCGCAGCUUCAGGCAAAAGUCCUGAGGCGGCGAGUCUCGAGGCCUUUUUCUCUGGAGCCAAGGUGAACCUGGAUGUUGGCAACGACAUCGAUCCGAUUGAGCUGGGUUUGGUGACAGAGGAAGAGGCCGAUUCCCUGUUUGCAUACUUUCACGCAAAUCUCUCCCACACUCGGUGGGGGUUUGAUCCCAGACUAUACACCAUGACUUACACCCGGUCAAGAUCUGCAUUUCUCUGCACGUCCAUUCUUGCAGCGUCAGCGUUGUUUAUACCCACAGCCUCUGCAUUAUCAAAACGUCUGUCGAAUCAUGUCACUACUUUGGCACACAGAGUCAUGUUGCGAAGACAUAAAUCCAUCGAAAUUGUGCUAGCAUUCAUGGUCAAUAUCCCUUGGAUGUUUCCAGGACAGCAUAGCACUGAUGACGAGGCCUGUGUCUACAUAUCCAUGGCGACCAGCGUUGCCAUAGACCUUUCCCUACACAAAGUUAUAGUUCCUACGGAUGUCUUACAAGAGGGCUCAAAACUGGCUCUCGCAAGAGGUGAAUGCUUGGAUACCCGUACAGCAUUGGCAAUGGAUGGAUAUCCAGAUCUUGAUCCAUGGACCGACAAAGCAAAGCUUCUACUGCGAAACAGGGAGCGCUGUUGGAUAUCUCUAUUUGUUCUCGAACGAGGAAUGUCACUGGCUCGUGGCCGUCCGUUUGUGGUGCCUGUAACCAAACUGAUCAAAGAUUGUGACAGUUGGUAUCGAUCAGCAGUUGGAGACCCUCAAGAUGGCCAUUUGGUGUCAAUGGCUGUGCUUCGGCGCGACUUGGAUGGCCUCUUCGCCACAGUUCGCUCUCUCUGUGAUGGGUCGCAGAAUCCAGUCAGUGACGGAUCUUUGAUUGCUCAAUCAAUCCAAAGUUCAAUAGAGCGUUUCUUUGAUCAGUGGUACACAGAAUGGGGUGUAUCAAUUGGCACUGGACCCCAGCGUCGAUUACCACCAUAUGUCGAUAUCCUUGUAACACAUACUCGACUGUCUACUUACGGCGGUGUUAUCAACCACCCCACAGCUCCCAUCGAAGUGAGGCAAUUCUUCCGUACGGCGGGCCUCUCAUCAGCUUUAAAUGUCAUGAGAGCGGCCAUUCAGGGUGAAGGCCAGCUACACUCCAUGCCCAAUAACACAGCAAUUAUGAUUUCUUUUGCUGCUUGUUUUGCAUUAACCCUCAGCGCUUAUACUUCUGGGGGCUCUACUUUAGUACCGAGCAUUCGAAAACUCAUUGAUGAGGCCGCGGGCGUUCUGGAGAGAAUAGGAACCAUUACACAACACAGAAACGGACUGUCGACUUUAUACGGAAGAUAUCUGAGACAGAUUGUGCGCAAAGCGGCGAAACAAAACGUGGCCUAUCCAUCCGCACCACCACAAAAUACGAGUAACCCGGGAGCACCCCAAAUACAACCCAUUGGCGCCCCAGUUGCUACAUCGAACAGCAAUAGUUUCUUGACCCAGCAGUUAACAUGGCCUGAGCCUCUCCAGUUCUCUGCAAUGUCAGAUGAUCAAAUUACACAUGUGCUCAACCAGCCGGGCAACGAGUUUGAGGCUUCAUUUGGUGGGCUUUCUUGGGAGGAUAUGAGCAAUUUCGACUGGCUGCACUGGCCAGAAUUCGUGGGAUAG